AUGUAUGCAAAGGUUUUAAAGGAAAUGAUUACUAAGAAGAAAGAAUUUAGUGGUGUAGAAACAGUUGCUCUAAGUGUAGAGUGUAGUGCUAUAUUGCAAAAUAAAUCCCCACCUAAGCUUAAGGACCCUGGUCGUUUUUCCAUCCCAUGUCAUGUAGGUGCAUUAUUCAUUGAUAAAGCUUUAUGUGACUUAGGUGCUAGUGUGUCUGUUAUGCCUCUUUCAGUUUGUAACAGGUUGAAUAUGGGAAAUUUAAAAUGCACACAAAUCACCUUGCAAAUGGCAGAUCAUUCUAUAAAAUACCCUUUAGGUAUUCUAAAGGACUUCCCCGUUCGGGUUGGGAAAUUUUUCAUUCCUGUUGACUUUGUAGUUAUAGAUAUGGAGGAGGCUAGUAAUAUCCCAAUCAUUUUAGGUAGACCUUUCUUGUGUACUGUAGGUGAUGUUAUUGAUGUCAAGUCUAGGUCUCUUACUUUGUCUGUUAGUGAUGAUACAAUGACUUUUAAUCUAACCAAUGCGAUGAAGUCGCCUAUGCUUGAGAAUACUUGUUGCAGGAUUGAUGUGCUUGAUGAGAUUGUGAGAGAUGAUACGCCGCGUGAGUUAGCUAAUGAUCCAUUAGAAGUUGUUCUCACCUUGGAGAUUUCUGAAGGAGAAGGAGAUACAGAGAUUGACUCCUUGAUUUCUGACUUGGAUGCCCCUAACACUGAGGGGUCUGAGGUAAUGGAAACUGUUUAUUCUACUUCCGAGUCACAGGUAAAAAAGGUAGAGUUAAAACCUUUGCCUUCCCAUCUUAAAUAUGCAUAUUUGGAUGAUAACGAGGAAUGCCCUAUAAUUAUUAGUGCCAAACUCGAUGAUAGCCAACUUUCUAAGAUUUUAAUUGUGCUUCGCAUGCAUAAAAAGGCAAUCGGGUAUAACAUUGAUGAUCUUACAAGGAUAAGUCCUAAUUUUUUUUAUGCAUAG